UGAUUCCUUGAAGCAAAGAGAUCGAUUAGAAUUGUAGAGAGGAGAGAAAAGUGGAGGGGGGGAGGAAUUAGGGUUUGCGGGGGGGAGAAGCAGCAUGCCUGCAGGGAUCAUGCUUCCGGCAAGGCAUGUCCCGUCGAUGAUCGGCCACAGCUCUGCCCUCCGCACCGCCUUCGGGUCAUCAUCGGCCCUGACACUUGGCCAGCCAAACUUGUUAGAAGGGUCUCAGCAGCUCCCAUUGCAGCAUCAACACUCUAACUUGCUGGAUAUUGCUCAGAUCACUGGAGAGAGUGAGAUGGUGAGGGCUGCAAGAGAACAGGAGGAUUUUGAGAGCAAAUCGGGGAGCGAGAACAUCGAGGGGGCUUCAGGGGAUGAUCAGGAUCCUAACCAGAGGCCGAAGAAGAAGAGAUAUCAUCGCCAUACUCAACAUCAGAUUCAAGAGAUGGAGGCUUUCUUCAAGGAGUGCCCUCACCCUGAUGACAAGCAAAGAAAGGAGCUUAGCCGAGAGUUAGGGCUUGAGCCCCUACAAGUCAAAUUCUGGUUCCAAAACAAGCGCACCCAAAUGAAGACUCAACAUGAGAGGCAUGAAAACACUCAGUUAAGAGCUGAGAAUGAGAAGCUCAGAGCCGAGAACAUGCGAUACAAGGACGCCCUCACCAAUGCUUCGUGCCCGAACUGCGGCGGCCCUGCUGCCCUCGGCGAGAUGUCCUUCGACGAGCACCACCUUCGUCUCGAAAAUGCCAGGCUCAGAGAAGAGAUCGACAGGAUAUCGGGAAUCGCAGCAAAAUACGUAGGAAAACCAAUGGUAUCCUACCCUCUCCUCUCCUCCCCAAUGGCAUCCCGCUCCUCCCUCGACCUCGGUGUCGGCUCAGGCUUCGCCCCGCCGCCCAUCUCCGGCGACAUUUUGAUGGAGGAGCUUAUAAGGAUGGCCCAGGUUGGUGAGCCGUUGUGGACUCAAGACUUGGACAACAACAUCGACGCUUUGAACGAUGAGGAGUACUUUCGUAAUUUCCCGCGCGGGAUCGGGCCCAAACCGUUUGGGCUCGAGUCGGAGGCCUCGAGAGAGACCUCGGUUGUGAUCAUGAAUCAUGUUAAUCUCGUGGAGAUACUUAUGGAUGUGAAUCAAUGGUCCACGGUGUUCUCUGGGAUAGUGUCAAGAGCUAUAACUUUGGAAGUGCUAUCAACUGGAGUUGCAGGGAACUGCAAUGGAGCUUUGCAAGUGAUGUCUGCAGAAUUCCAAGUUCCAUCUCCACUUGUUCCUACCCGAGAAAGUCUCUUCGUAAGAUACUGCAAACAACACGGCGAUGGUACUUGGGUAGUUGUUGAUGUCUCCUUGGAUAGUCUUCGCCCUAGCCCUGUGUUGAGAUGUCGAAGAAGGCCAUCUGGUUGUCUCAUACAAGAAAUGCCGAAUGGCUACUCUAAGGUAACUUGGGUGGAGCACGUUGAAGUUGAUGAUAGAUCUGUGCACAACAUAUACAAACCCUUAGUGAACUCAGGCUUAGCAUUUGGUGCAAAAAGAUGGGUUUCUACUCUAGAUCGCCAAUGUGAGCGCCUUGCAAGCGUCAUGGCCAGCAACAUCCCCAAUGGAGACGGCGGUGUGAUACAAACAGCUGAAGGGAAAAAGAGCAUGUUGAAAUUAGCCGAAAGAAUGGUUAUAAGCUUUUGUGGUGGCGUGAGUGCAUCUACUACUCACCAGUGGACCACACUGUCUGGAAGUGGAGCUGAAGAUGUUAGGGUUAUGACUAGGAAAAGUAUCGAUGAUCCUGGUAGGCCUCCUGGUAUUGUUCUGAACGCAGCUACUUCGUUCUGGCUCCCUGUUCCUCCGAAAAGGGUUUUUGAUUUUCUCCGUGAUGAGAGUUCUCGCAGUGAGUGGGAUAUCCUGUCUAAUGGUGGUGUUGUUCAAGAGAUGGCUCAUAUAGCUAAUGGCCGUGAUCAUGGUAACUGUGUUUCUCUUCUUCGAGUCAAUAGCCCAAACUCAAACCAGAGCAACAUGCUGAUCCUGCAAGAAAGCUGCACUGACUCAACUGGCUCCUACGUAAUCUACGCCCCUGUAGAUGUCGUUGCCAUGAAUGUAGUCCUCAAUGGUGGUGAUCCUGACUAUGUGGCCCUCCUACCCUCAGGUUUCGCCAUCCUGCCUGAUGGGCCCACCGGCAGUGUGCCCGGUGGCGGUCCAAUAAGCGAGGUUGGGUCUGGUGGGUCCCUUCUAACCGUUGCGUUCCAAAUCUUGGUUGAUUCCAUCCCUACUGCAAAGUUGUCGUUAGGUUCAGUUGCAACAGUUAAUAGUUUAAUUGCUUGCACGGUGGAGAGGAUCAAGACUGCAGUCUCUGGUGAGGCUGCACAAUGAGCCUAAGUGAAUGGAUAAAGGGAGAGGGAGAGCUUGAAGAUUUUCUUUCGUGUUAUGUGAGAAGUCAAGAACGCACCUCAGAUUCUCCUUGCAAUGUGUUGUGCUUCGUUUUUUUUCGAAGAAAAAGAAAACUCGAAAGUUCAGAUUUACAAGGCACACCACCAUGCAAGGGUGUUGGUUCGGGUAUUGACUUCCCCUAUUCUCUCAUCAUAAUCAUCAUCAUCAUCAUCAUCAUCAUCUCUCUAAAAAGUUUCUCCCUCUCUCUCAAGUGACAUUUGCACCCUUUCUAAUAUAAGGAAUUUCAAUUAGUUAGACUAUGUUAAUAUGGCCUGUGAUGGCCCAAAUUGUUGUUUCUCUUCGUUGAUUGGUUGCUUGGAAUUCAAGUUUUGGUUGGAGUUUCUUGUUGUUAUGAACUUCUUUGAUGCAAUUUAGGUUGCGAUGGCUUUCAGUUUCUUUGUUGUAAGUUGUCCAAAAAUUGGUGUUUAGGGAAUCAAAUGUGUAAUGCAAAAGUGCAAGCUAAAGGACCACUAUGUGAUUGUACCUCUUUGCUACAAUAUUAAUGUUAGUUUUCCUUAUUUGCUUGA